AUGGCGCCCAUGGUCAAGCUAUUUGUGUUUACUGUUGUUAUUCUCCUGUUUGUUAUUUGCUUCUGCUGCAGAUGUAUUGAGAGGGAACAGGAAGCUCUUCUUCAAUUCAAAGCCGGCCUAAACUACUCUUCUGGUUCCUUUACAAAUCUGAGUGCAUGGGAGAAGGGAGGAGAUUGCUGCGUCUGGGACGGCAUAACCUGUGAUGCCGACACCCAUUAUGUAGUCCGUGUCGUUAUUUGGCUCUUUGGUGGAGGCGUCAUAUCUGAGAGCUUGUGCACCCUCACUUCUCUCGCAACCAUAGACCUCACUGACAAUGGAUUAACAGGUACUCUUCCUCACUGCUUAGGAAAACCCUCUUCUCUUACAGGACUACAUUUACCUUUAAAUAGUUUGAGUGGGAGCAUUCCAUUGUCCUUUGGAAACAUGUCUUCUCUAACUCAUUUGAAUCUUGCUGAAAAUAAUCUCACAGGAAGCAUUCCAUCUUUCUCUAAUCUCUCUUCUUUAUAUAGCUUAGAUCUUUCUUCUAAUCAACUCACAGGGAGCAUUCCCUCUUCUCUUUCUAAUCUCUCUUCUCUAAUUUCGCUAGAUCUUUCUUAUAAUAAGCUGACAGGACUAAAUGGAACUCUUCCCUUCUCAUUUUCAAAGCUCUCCUCCCUUACUCGCCUCCUUGCUAAGAGAAAUGCAUUCAAUCGAAGCAUUGCUUCCUCAGCGCUACCCUCUUCACUUAAAGAACUCUCCCUCACUUUCAAUGGCGGUGAGACAAUUUCAGAGGCUUUCUUUCACAACCUUAGCAAAUUAGAGCAUCUGAGCCUAUCCAAUUGCAUAUUUAAUAACAGCCCCAGCUGGAUUCCUUCAUUCCAGUUGCGUACCUUAGUUAUGACAUCAUGUAAGAUGGAUAGUCAAAUCCCAUCGUGGAUCUCAACACAGUUCAAACUUUAUCACUUGGAGUUAGCUGACAAUAAUCUUGUUGGAGAAAUUCCCUCUUGGCUGCAGGACAUAAGCCUUCAGAUCAUCAAUCUUACGACAAAUCAUCUAGAAGGUCGCCUUUUGCUAAGUACUUCAGCUUGGAAGGAAAUGGCUUUCCUGGAUGUGUCUAACAAUGCAUUAUUCGGAGAGAUACCAUCAAUUUGGUCGUCUCGGAUGGAAGUGUUGUCGCUCAACAACAAUUCAUUAACAGGUCAACUUCCAAAGUCAAUAGGAAAUAUUUCGGAGCUACGGGUGCUAUCAAUGAGGAAGAAUAAUUUUGAAGGUAGAGUUCCUACAGAAAUUGUGCUGCUGAAACACCUUCAAAUCUUGGACCUUUCUUCAAAUUGCUUCUCAGGGCUUAUUCCACAUGGCAUUUUCAAUUUACAAGCAAUCUUGGUAGAACCAAAUCAGGAAUUAAGCAGAGUUCCAUACAUCUUGCCACCGAACAACUACAUGUAUAAGAAUGGAUUGAAAAUGGAUUCUAAAGGCAGAGAUGAAAACUAUGCAUAUAUUUUCCCCUCCAUGGCAUCCAUAGUUCUUUCAUACAAUCAAUUGAAUGGGGCCUUUCCUUACGAUUUGGGAAAGUUGAAAGGGUUGAAGCUGCUCAACCUUUCCUGGAACAAUUUCAAUGGUACUAUUCCAAAUAGUAUUGUACAAAUGAGUUGGUUGGAAUCAUUGGAUUUUUCCACAAAUAAUAUUUCUGAACAAAUUCCUUCUGAUCCUGGUACUUUGAGUUAUUUGGGAGCUCUCAACUUUUCCAAUAACAACCUUUCCGGAAGUAUACCACAAGGAGGACAAAUGACAACAUUUACUCAAUCAUCAUUUUGA